UUUUCCUGUAUAGAUGUCAACGUCCCACUGGUUGUGCUCGCCCUUCCCUAAACUUUGUUCUGUAUUGCAUUCUUGUCCUCGCCGAAAGAUUCCCGUCAUCAGCACCAUCAUCGGGUCUUCUUGGAGAUAUGGCUGAGGAGGAUUCGGUCCAACUGUUACAUACACAGAAACAUAACGAGGGCGUUUUAAAGGAGAACGCGUCUACGGCAGUUAUUGAUAUAGUAGAACCUGACUCCCAUAGAGUCUCACGUCGACAACUUCCCUCCGGCAAGAAGUAUCACUUCUUUCUCUCGUUUAGUAGCAGUGACAACGAUCAAGCUACAGUACUAGCGAAGCAUUUGGAAGAAGAAAGGGGAUUUAAGUGUAUGCUUGCGGAUUACGAUUUCCUAGGAAACAGAACAGUUUACGACAACAUAGAGAAUGCUAUCAAUCAGUCUGAAAAAAUAAUAUUUCUGGUGUCGGAUGCUUUUCUCAAUAGUCAUUAUUGUAACAACGAAGUCAGCUUUGCAUACACAUAUUCGUCAGAUAACCGGGUGAAGGAUUUUAUGAUUGUUCUCAAAUCUGGUUGUUUUGACGACAGUCUUUUCCCUUUGAAGCUUAAGUCCUUAUCUUAUAUCAAAACGGAUGGAAAAGAACUAGAUGAAAUAGGACAGAGGAUCGCAAAUGCGUUCGAUAAUAUCGAUGAUGCAGCAGUAGAGGACAUUGUCAACAAUGGCAGUGUGAUGUGUGUAAAACAACUAACAGAGAUUUCAAAAAGCCUGUGUGGAGGUUUAGCCUGUGAGUUUGAGUCUCUCAACAAAAACGAAAGACAUGUGCUGAAACAUUUUGAAAUAGAGGCCGCUGAAGAAGACUAUGACAAUAUAACGAACAUGGCUGAAAAACGUGAAGUUUUUAAACGACAUUCGUUGGUGGUGUCAUCUAAAAAGUGUGCUCUAUCCUGGUUCUGCUGGUUGACUGGUAGUGUUGCCAUGCUUUGCCCCAUUUUAGUUAUCUUGGUGUGGGCUUACAAUGGUGUUCACUCACCUGUCGAGUGGGUAGUGGUGAUUGCCGCCAUCCUUGGAAUUCUGAUAAUAUCUUGCACUGCCCACUGCGUGUUUGGUAGGGUAAGGUUCCGUAAGGCGUAUAGGACUCUGCAUGAUGCUGCAAAAGCCCAAUUGGUCUUGACAGGAGAGAAGAAGUUCCUAGUUCUGCCGCUAUUCGACGACGGAAAGGGAUCCUUGUGGAUUGUUUUUAGAUAUUAUGAUAUGAAACCAUGCUGGGAUUUUCUUAUAAGAAGAGCAGAACAGACCCAACCAGGAGCAUCCCUGGAACAAAUACAAGAAAUGUGCAAGGAAGCUUUAGAAGACACAAUAAUGAACAGAUAUGCUGGAAGAUAUACCAUUACCGGUCUAACCUAUCCUAAAGUGAAGCGUCAUCCGACCGUUGAUGAUACAAGCUGUCUUUGUCAAAUGGUGCCGGAUUCAUGUCUAGUAAAAACGAAGAAGACAUCGAAACAGUUGGGAAAAAUAGAGGACGACCCAGACCAAACACACGUGAUGGAAAUUGUAGGCGUUGAUAAUCUAGGUUUAACUUCUGAAAACGCUGACCUCGACGAAACGCACGUGAUGGCAGUAUUUGGGAUGGAAAACAAGAAGAGCGUAUCUUUAGAAAAUGACCCGGACCAAACAUUCGUCGUAAGAGAAGCAAUGACUGUUACCAGGUCUGAUACAUCUUCAGAAACCGACCAAACAAACACAUUGACAAGAAAAUUGAAUAACAGAGAGGAAAUCGUUUCACAGGAUACCACAGAUUCCGUCGAAAUAAUCUCUGAACCCGACGUAUAUACUGCCGAAACGAAUUUCUAAAGGAUUUUACGGUGAUGACGUAAUGCCAGGCAAGACAUUCAUGUGCGAUUCAUUUAUAUACUAUGUACCACAUGAACAAAACAAGUGUGUAAGAGAAUGAUUUGGUACAUGUUUAUAUAUAAAUGCGUAAUGUGAUACAUAUGUAUAUGUAUAUAUAAAACAAAACACGAAGACUACAAUUUACUAGCGCUUUCGCCAAUCUUUGGGCUCUUCUGGCAAUUUGAAUGUAUUUGUGAUGUCGUAAAUUGAGCACACAAACAUAAGACGUCAA